GCGCGCGCUGUGCGUUCCGCGGUUUUCGGUCGAGGCCACCUCGCUGUCAAAAUGCCCAGGUAUCCGCUCCAAGAUACUUGCCUGGCUGUGAUCACGUUCACACCAGUACUGGCCUCAAUAUUUGUCGCACUCAGGAUAUACACAAGACGAAAGCUCAACCUGCGACUAGGAUGGGACGACUGGUUGAUAGUUUUCCCGACAAUACUUUCUCUUGCGCUUAUCGGGCCCUCAUGGAGACAUGUCAAAAUGUGGCACGUCGGGAUACAUAUAUUCGAUGUUCCACCGAACGACAUCGAGCCCAAUUAUGACGAAUAUCACCAAAUCCUCCUCGCAUUCAAUCUCCUGAACAUACCUAUUCUUCCACUCGUGAAAGUGUCGAUAAUACUCCUCCUCCUACGAGCUGGCUCGGUUAUCGAGUGGAUGAAAAAGACUCUCUACGGGAUACUCAUAUUUACUGUCGGAAGCGCACUGAUUCCGUGGUGUCUGUACAUCUUUAUCUGCCCACCGCAAACAGGGAACACAUGGAAACCACGGACCUUUGGAGGACUGCACUGCAUGGGCCGACAUCGAAUGGGCGAGAUGCUGAUCUGGGUCACCUGCGCAAAUCUGCUUACCGAUCUUUUGAUCUUUCCGAUUCCCUUUAUCAUCGUUCGUCGCAUGAUGAGCGCGAGGUUGCGAUCACGACUAGUAGUGCUGGCGGUCUUCACCUCGAGCUUAGCUGUCACAGCGAUUGGUGCAGCCAAAAUAUAUCUGACGUAUCGCGACCGACUCUUCACUUCGUUCAAGACCGACUGGACUUACCCGAUCGACUACUGCAUCAGUCACAUUGAGAACAAUGUCGCCAUCAUUGUGGCCAAUAUACCGAUCCUGCGCGGCCUCGUCACACGCUGGGUGUUCAACUUCAAGACUAAGGCCACGCCCAUAGAGCGUGAGUUUCGGAGUGAAUGGCAAUGGAGCAACUCGAACUCGUCCUCGAUUACCCAUGUGGCAAGUCGCAAGCGGAGAUUUCUCAACAAGAUCCUACCUUGUCUUACGGAUGACUUCUCUUCCUCGCUCGCCCGCUCGGGCGACAUUAUGGACUCGGGGAAGCAGAGGGGUCUCAAGCCUGCGGUUCUACGAAAGAAGAGUCGGUCUUCAAAACCCAGAUCUCACAAGCCGAGCCGCAGAAACAGCGUCGAUAGAUACGAAACCGCCGAUAGUCUUGAGAAGGGCGACGCUUUAGAGACAGUGACGAGUAUUGAGAGUUUAGGAAGCGGACCGACACUGGUGGAUAACCACAAAGAGAUCGAGUGGAGAUUGAGUGAGGCAACUAUGGCGUCAAGCCCGAGACGACCCUCGGAGGCUACGUUCUCUCCGAUUGUGCCCUUGAGCCCGGUGCUGCUUAGGGAAGUGGACGAUGAGGAUGAGAUUCUAAGAUACCCAUAG